GCAUCACCGCUCACAGUCGUCCCGCCCGUCGCUCAGUUCACACGUGCGCUCUCCUGCGCUCCCGAUACGCUUAAAGUAGUUUGUGUUCCGUCGCCGUGUGCGCUGUGAAGUUUAAGUGAUCGUAAAAGUUUUCUCCAAAUGGUCGUGUUGGAAGACGGAGGAAUGAUGACCACUAACCCCAAUCAAUAUUUACAACCCGAUUAUUUAACGCCGCUUCCGUCCACUUUGGACUCGAAGAAGAGCCCGCUAGCGCUUUUGGCGCAAACCUGCAGCCAGAUCGGCGCGGACACGGCGCCUGCUAAGCCGCUGCUGCCGGCACUCGACAAAAAGAAGCCAGUGAACAGUGUUAACAGUGAUGCAGUCAGUCGGUCCUCGCCGACCGCCGGCAAGGCCGACAAGCCGCGCUCCACGCCCGAGAUCAAACAUCUAGCUUUCAAACCGUACGAAACUAACGUAGUUUCCAAGAAACCCGAAGAAGUUCGGCCCUCGUCCAAGGCCAGCACCGACAGCUCGGACGAGAAGAAAUCUGGAAAAAGCACACCCGGCCGCAAGUCUACUCCGCCGACCGCAGACAACGGCAAGAGUACACCGUCGCAAGACCGCAAGUCCUCCCCCGCGGGCUCGUCCGGGACGAGCCCCAUCAUCCGCUCCGGACUGGAGGUCCUGGGCCAUGGCAAGGAUCACCUCGGCGCAUUCAAAAACCUCCCCGGCCUGGCCGGGUUCAACCCACUGGCCGGGUUAUGCUGCCCGCCCGGCAUGGAGCAGCACGCCAACCCCGCGUUCCGGCCGCCGUAUGCUGGCGCGCCGCUGAGUGCGCACCACGCCGCCGUGCUGGCCGCCGCCGCGGGCUUCCCCGGCGCCGCACCCAGCCCUUACCUCGGCUACGCCCGCGUCAAAACGCCCGCCGGGGGCGAGACGCUGGUGCCCGUCUGCAAGGACCCCUACUGCACCGGCUGUCAGUUCUCUCUCAACAACCACCACCUGCUGAUGGGCAACGGCGCGUGCCCCGCUGGCUGCACCCAGUGCGAUCACCAAAAGUACAACCUGGCGAUGGCGAUGGCGCUGUCGCAGCAAGGCGCACCAUACGCACAGCUCGGCCGGCCCUACGUGUGCAACUGGAUCGUAGGCGAAGCUUACUGCGGCAAGAGGUUCUCCAGUUCCGAGGAGUUGCUGCAGCACCUGCGUAGCCACACGGCGGAUGGCGCGCCCCCAGCGCCCGUCUCCGCGCCCACCUCCACGCAGCCCUCGCUGCUCAGCCCGCUCAACCCGCUGUUCACGACGGCGGGCCUGCGCGGAGCCUACCCCUCGGCGCCGCUCAGCCCGCUGUCUGCCGGCCGCUACCAUCCCUACUCGAAGGCGGGGUUGCCGGCCGGCCUGGGCGCCUCGCCCUACGGCGCCUUCAACCCUGCGCUGGGGCCCUUCUACUCGCCCUAUGCGAUGUACGGCCAGCGGCUGGGCGCCGCCGCAGUGCACCAGUAAGCUGCCCCCGGGCUGCUCCAACCGACAGGACUGAAGUGGUGUAUGUCGUGUUGUCCAAUUCUUUUCUGUGAUAUCGAUAGACUACUCACGUCGGCGUCGCGUCACGUCACGUCACGUCACGCCGACAGACUUGGUGAUUAGUGCAAUCUAAAUUAGUUAUUUAUGUAUAAGUGAACUUGCCGUCGGUCUGUGUACACGCGGAUGAAGUCUGAACUGUGUACGGUUGAUAAUGUUAUGUGU